GUUUUUGUUAAUUUCAUCGAGUUUUCAGAUUUCAGAACUAAGAAGUAAGACCAAACCACCUCUUCAAUUUCAUAUCUUCACGGUCGUCGUCGUCGUCGUCGUCGUCGUCACUGCGUCGCCGGACCUGUAGCUGCUCCUUUGGUGGUGGACGAUGACGCUUUUUCACUUCUUCAACUGUGCGAUUCUCACAUUCGGCCCUCACGCCGUCUACUACUCCGCCACUCCGUUAUCUGAAUAUGACACUCUUGGAACCUCCGUGAAGGCUGCUGUUGUUUACCUUGCUACAGCAUUGGUUAAGCUUGUUUGUUUGGCAACUUUUCUGCAAGUAUCUGAGACUGAAGUAUUUGACCCAUAUCAGGAAGCACUUAAAGCAAUGAUUGGCUUCAUAGAUGUUGCUGGCCUUUAUUAUGCGCUUGCUCAGCUGACACACAGAAACAUCUCCCAAAAUCAUAAGUUUCAAGCUGUUGGCCUUGGAUGGGCAUUUGCGGAUUCUGUUUUGCACAGGUUGGCACCUCUUUGGGUUGGUGCUCGAGGACUGGAGUUCACUUGGGAUUAUGUCUUGCAAGGGCUUGAAGCCAAUGCUAAUCUGGUGUUCACGAUAUCCUUAGCGGCGCUAGGUUCAUUGAUGUGGCUACGCAAGAACAAGCCAAAGACUCUGAUCCCCAUCAUAUACACGUGUGCUGUGAUCAUCGCUACAAUGCCUUCAAUCACAAGCUACCUAAGGAGAGUGAUGGGAUGGCAUUUCCCGAAAGUUGUAGGGUUUGAGCUAUUGACUUCUCUGGUAAUGGCUUUCAUCAGUUGCCAACUCUUCAUCCUCUGUCAGAGACCGUCUUUGUGAUUCCACUUCCAAGCGAGACCAGAGACAGUUCAACUGCUCUUAGGCAGAGAGCUUUUUUUUAAUCGGUAACUCUUGCGACGUACUUGCCUUUCUUUGACUCUGUUCCAUGAAACUUUGAUCUUUAUUUGUAGAAGAAUAUUGAACUAUUAUCUUUUCAAAAAGUUAUUGAUUUGGGCAG